AUGGCGGUCCCGUUCCAAACACAGAGCGGGAAAUCCGACCUGUCUUCUGAUUAUCGAAUUGAUAUGCCGUCCGAGGUCUAUACAGAUUCAUCAGUCUUUACUGAAAAUGUAAAGAGUGCGGCCAACGUUCAAGUGAACAUCCCCCACGGCCAUGUGGGGCCCCGCGCUAGCCUAUGGCAUCGGGUCCUGGCAUGGACUCCUUCAUUCUCCACGCGCAAGAGUAGUGGAGCCGAAGAUGAAGACCUCCCAUUAUUGACAGGGAAUAUACUACGACGCAGAAGGCUAUCGUGCGGCUCUCGUUUCUCACGAUACUUGGGAUGUUCAUUGCUGUUCUUCUUCCUUAUGCUUGGCGUUCUUCAGUUCAUAUCUCUCGCUUGCGGUAUCAUACUCUCCUUUUUCCCGGACGAAUACGAUCGAGCAGCUUCUAGAUGGGCCCGAACUGGCGACCAAAUAAAUACUAAAGACAUCAACGAAUGGCCUACCGAUAUCUCCCGUGACAUCAUCCCACUGGGAUGUCACUCUCACAAUGAUUAUUGGCGCCGGGUUCCGCUAUACUCAGCCCUGCAGGCAGGCUGCAUCGGAGUCGAAGCCGAUGUCUGGUUCUUCGACAACGAACUAUACGUAGGACAUACCUCUGCAUCGCUUACGUCGCGCCGGACCCUUCGAUCAAUGUAUAUUGAGCCUUUACUUCGCAUCCUUGAACAACAGAACCCCACAUCCCGGUUCCAGCCCUCCAUUUCCAACCCUCCCCACGGUGUCUUCGAUACAAACCCAGAUCAAACUCUCGUCCUUCUCAUCGACUUCAAAACAGAUGGUGAAUCGACCUGGCCCGCCGUCGAAGAUGAGCUUGCACCGUUUCGAGAACGUGGCUAUCUUACAUACUUUGAUGGUGAGAAUCUAGUUCCUGGUCCAAUUACCGUUGUUGGAACAGGCAACACACCGUUCAAUAUGGUUACUGCGAAUUCCACAUAUAGAGAUAUCUUCUUCGAUGCCCCACUCGACAAAUUAGUCGAUGCAAAUAAGAUGGUAUUCGGGAUGCCGGGAAAACAGUCUCUUGACCUCGGACAAGGGCAAUCUGGCAUGCCGGAUGUUAUCACUGCACAGACUUUCAACAUGACGAAUAGCUACUAUGCCUCUGUGUCAUUUCAGAAAGCUAUUGGGUUUCCUUGGCCAUUCCAUUUGUCACAACAUCAACUGGGUCUUAUUCGAUCGCAUGUUCGUAUUGCGCAUCAGCAUGGUUUGAAGGUGCGGUACUGGGGGCUACCUAGUUGGCCGCUGAGUUUGCGAAAUCAUAUUUGGAGGAUCCUCGUGCAGGAAGGUGUUGACAUGUUGAAUGUGGAUGACUUGGUGGGAGCUACAAAGGGAGAUUGGAAAAUUAAGAUCUUUGAUUGGUGGUGGUAG